AUGCUUUCACGAUUCGCGAUCAACUUUCAACCUGUGCGACUUUUCUCUCAAUCAGUGGCUCGAAAUGCCCGCUUUGGUGGACAAGGACCCAGUGGCUUCGGUAGUCGCUUCUCCGAACAAACGGGCUUUGGUUUUCGAGCACGCACAGGCCCGACAUUAAAAGAACGCUUACUUGGACCGACUACAGGAAAACCUUACAUUUAUGGAACUUAUGCUUUGAUCGGAGCGUCGGCUCUUGGAAUUGGAUCUCUCGCUUAUUAUGGGCUCGGUUUAAGCAGUGAGCGCUCGAUUUUGCAGAACAGCACCAUGUGGCCGCAAUACGUGAAAGACCGCCUCCAUUCCACUUACGGAUAUUUGGCAGCCGGUUUGGGUCUUACAGCAGCAAGUGGAAUGGCCGCUUCACGAAGUGCACUCAUAAUGCGACUCACCGCUUCCGGAAGUAUUCUUGGCAUGUUUGCGACACUGGCGGUGAUUAUUGGCACGGGAGCCGUUGUGAGGUCGAUCCCAUACGAGAACACUGUUGCUAAACACGUCGCCUGGGCCGUUCACUGUGGAGCUCUCGGAGCUGUACUUGCUCCAAUGGUUUUCCUUGGUGGACCUGUUUUGAUGCGAGCUGCUUGGUACACAGCAGGCAUUGUCGCUGGACUUUCCGCAACAGCAAUUUGUGCGCCUUCCGACAAGUAUUUGAUGAUGGCGGGACCGUUGGCUAUGGGACUUGGAGUGGUUUUUGUCUCGAACAUCGGAUGUUUCUUUUUCCCUCCACAUACCGCGCUUGGAGCUGGACUCGCCUCAAUUGUUGUUUAUGGUGGAUUGAUUCUCUUCUCUGCUUUCUUACUCUUUAACACGCAAAGAUUGGUUAAACAAGCCGAGCUUCAUCCUCAUCAAUCACAAUACUACGGAGAACAGCAACACUAUGGAGGCCAAAUGGAGUACGGGGCUUUUGAUCCAAUUAACGCGCAACUCUCAAUCUACAUGAAUGUAUUGAACAUUUUCAUGCGAAUGGCGAUGAUCUUGAGUGGUUUUGGUGGACAACGUCGGAAG